GACGGCGCCGUGGGGAUCCCGGCGCGGCCGAGGGCCCCAGACUCGGCUCCGCUCGGCAACAUGGACAGGAUGGCCAGCUCCAUGAAGCAGGUGCCCAAUCCCCUGCCCAAAGUGCUGAGCCGGCGCGGGGUCGGCGCGGGGAUGGAGGCGGCGGAGAGGGAGAGUUUCGAGCGGACUCAGACUGUCAGCAUCAAUAAGGCCAUUAAUACGCAGGAAGUGGCUGUAAAGGAAAAACACGCCAGAACGUGCAUACUGGGCACCCACCAUGAGAAAGGGGCGCAGACCUUUUGGUCUGUGGUCAACCGGCUGCCCCUCUCCAGCAACGCUGUGCUCUGCUGGAAGUUCUGCCAUGUGUUCCACAAACUCCUCCGGGAUGGGCACCCAAACGUCCUGAAGGACUCUCUGAGAUACAAAAAUGAGCUGGGCGACAUGAGCAGGAUGUGGGGCCACCUGAGUGAGGGGUAUGGACAGCUUUGCAGCAUCUACCUCAAACUGCUGAGAACGAAGAUAGAGUACCACACCAAAAAUCCCAGGUUUCCAGGCAACCUGCAGAUGAGUGACCGGCAGCUGGAUGAGGCUGGAGAGAGUGAUGUUAACAACUUUUUUCAGCUAACAGUGGAGAUGUUCGACUACCUGGAGUGUGAACUGAACCUCUUCCAAACUGUGUUCAACUCCCUGGACAUGUCCCGCUCCGUGUCAGUGACAACUGCCGGGCAGUGCCGCCUUGCCCCGCUGAUCCAGGUCAUAUUGGACUGCAGUCACCUGUAUGAUUACACUGUCAAGCUUCUCUUCAAACUCCACUCCUGUCUUCCAGCCGACACCCUGCAAGGCCAUCGGGACCGUUUUAUGGAGCAGUUCACAAAGUUGAAAGAUCUGUUCUACCGCUCCAGCAACCUUCAGUACUUCAAGCGGCUCAUUCAGAUCCCUCAGCUGCCUGAGAACCCACCCAACUUCCUGCGGGCCUCCGCCCUGUCAGAACACAUCAGCCCUGUGGUGGUGAUCCCGGCUGAGGCCUCAUCCCCUGACAGCGAGCCGGUCUUGGAGAAGGAUGACCUCAUGGACUUGGAUGCCUCCCAGCAGAAUUUAUUUGACAACAAGUUUGAUGACAUCUUUGGCAGCUCGUUCAGCAGUGAUCCCUUCAAUUUCAACAGUCAGAACGGUGUGAACAAGGAUGAGAAGGAUCACUUAAUUGAUCAAUUGUACCAAGAGAUCAGUGGGCUGAAGGCACAGCUGGAAAACAUGAAGACUGAGAGCCAGCGAGCUGUCCUGCAGCUGAAGGGCCGCAUUAACGAGCUGGAGGCCGAGCUGGCCGAGCAGCAGCACCUGCGACAGCAGGCAGCCGAUGAUAGUGAGUUCCUACGGGCAGAGCUGGAUGAGCUCAAGAAGAAGCGAGAAGACACGGAGAAAGCACAGCGGAGCCUGACAGAGAUAGAAAGGAAAGCCCAGGCCAAUGAGCAGCGGUACAGCAAGCUCAAGGAGAAGUACAGUGAGCUGGUACAGAACCACGCGGACCUGCUGCGGAAGAAUGCAGAAGUGACUAAACAGGUGUCUGUGGCCAGACAAGCCCAGGUGGAUUUAGAGCGAGAGAAAAAAGAGCUAGAGGAUUCCUUCCAGCGCAUAAGUGAGCAGGCCCAGCGGAAGACUCAAGAACAGACGGAAGUACUAGAGAACUUGAAGCAAGAACUUGCCACCAGCAAACAGGAACUCCAGAUUGUCCAAGGCAGCCUGGAAACGUGUGCCCAGUCAAAAGAAAAAUGGGUGACCCAGAUUGCUGAACUGGAGAAGGAGCGGGACAGCUUGGUGAAUGCCGUGGCUCGUCGAGAAGAGGAAUUCUCUACUCUUCAGAAACAGCUGGAAUGCACCCAGCUCAAACUGUCCAGCACACAGGAAUCUAUGUGCCAGCUCGCAAAGGACCAACGGAAAAUGCUUCUAGCAGAGUCAAGGAAGGCUGCGGAGCAGGUGAUACAGGAGGCUCUGGGGCGGCUUGAGGAGCCCAGUCUUGUCAGCUGUGCCGGAUCUGCAGAUCACCUUCUUUCCACGGUCAAGUAUGUUUCCAGCUGUAUUGAGCAACUGGAAAAAUGCUGGAGCCAGUACCUGGCCCGCCCAGAAGAUAUCAGUGGGCUUCUGCACUCGGUAACCCUCCUUGCCCACUUGACCAGUGACACCAUUGUUCAAGGUGGCACCACCUGCCUUAGAGCCCCACCAGAGGCUGCUGAUGCACUGACCGAGGCCUGUAAGCAGUAUGGCAAGGAAACCCUUGUCUAUCUGGCUUUCCUGGAGGAAGAAGGAACCCUUGAGAAUGUCAACAGCACAGCCAUGAAGAGCUGCCUCAGCAAGAUCACAGCCAUCGGCGAGGAGCUCCUGCCCAGAGGCCUGGACAUCAAACAGGAGGAACUAGGAGACCUGGUGGACAAGGAGCUGGCUGCUACUUCAGCUGCCAUUGAAACUGCUACAGCCAGAAUAGAGGAGAUGCUCAGCAAAUCUCGAGCAGGAGACACGGGAGUCAAAUUGGAAGUGAACGAAAGGAUUCUUGGAUCUUGUACCAGUUUAAUGCAAGCUAUUCAGGUCCUGGUUGUAGCCUCGAAGGACCUCCAGAGAGAGAUAGUGGAAAGCGGCCGGGGCACAGCAUCCCCUAAAGAGUUUUAUGCCAAGAAUUCUCGAUGGACAGAAGGACUCAUCUCAGCCUCCAAAGCUGUGGGCUGGGGAGCCACUGUGAUGGUCGAUGCAGCCGAUCUGGUGGUACAAGGCAGAGGGAAGUUCGAGGAGCUGAUGGUGUGUUCCCAUGAAAUCGCUGCUAGCACAGCCCAGCUUGUGGCUGCCUCCAAGGUGAAAGCUGAUAAGGACAGCCCAAACCUGGCCCAGCUGCAGCAAGCCUCUCGCGGGGUGAACCAGGCCACGGCUGGAGUUGUGGCCUCAACCAUUUCUGGCAAAUCACAGAUUGAGGAAACAGACAACAUGGACUUCUCAAGCAUGACGCUGACCCAGAUCAAACGCCAGGAGAUGGAUUCCCAAGUUAGGGUUCUAGAGCUAGAAAAUGAACUGCAGAAGGAGCGUCAAAAACUGGGAGAGCUUCGAAAAAAGCACUACGAGCUUGCUGGUGUUGCUGAGGGCUGGAAAGAAGGAACAGAAGCAUCUCCACCUGCACUGCAAGAAGUGGUAGCCGAAAGAGAAUAGAGCCGCACUGACACCCCACACGUCACAGUUCUUUUCAGUUUCAUCACUUGCACAAACUUGUGAGCAUCAGAGGGCUGGUGGAUUCCAAACCAGGACACUACCCUGAGUCUGUGCACAGAGUCAGAAGGACAGGAGGAGUGUCCUGGCUGAGAAUGCCAAGGCGAUGCUCCCCCUCUUUUGGCAGUUCCAUGGAUUCCCACUUCUGCUAUGGUGGUGGGUUGGGUUUUUGGUUUUCUUUUUUCAAGUUUCACUCACAUAGCCAACUCUCCCAAAGGGAACACCUCUGAAGCUCUGAGCUCCCUGGAGCCCCUGACCACAGCAGUUAACAGCGAUGGUGCUGCUCAGGCUCUACCUUGGUGCUCCCAUCAGCCUCCAUGCUGAGUGUCCUGCUGAGUGUGGGUCAGCCGAGGCCACUACCCAGGGUCGGGCGGAGCUGCUGAGCCACAGCUUUCCUCCAAAGGCAGAAGUGGAGGGAGUGCCUUUCCUUCCCAAAGCUGGAGCCCAGCUGAAAGCCUCUGCCCACCUAAACAAAUGAAAGGGCCACCGAAAGAGGGGAACGAGGGGUGUGCAUGGCCCAAGUCUUCAGGGGACGCUUUUCUUGGGAACUCCUUGUGACCAGGCUGGAGAACCUUGUCACAUGCUUGAAUGGAGCUGGUGAGAGUAGCCACACCUCUUCCUCCAGGAUGAAUUUUCCUUGGCAUCUCCCUUCAGACCCAGGCAGGGCCCCAAGAGAGAGCUUGUGAGGGGUUUUCAAUUCCUUCCUCCAAAUGUCUGCCUGCCUUGGUAUCCUCUUGAAUCUGAAGAAGCUAGUUCCAUGUUCUACCUAAUGACAGACCCAGAAGAUAAGUCAAACUUGCUCCCAGUAGGAAAGAACCCUGUGCUUGGCUUGGUUCCUUUAAUAUUUAUUACUAACCUCCAUUAAGCAGCAGCAGCGUACAAAAAGAAGCUUGGAGCAAUCAGGAUUUCAGGUGUGACUCUAACAACGCUUGUGUUGCUGCCCUAUACAUCAGUCUUGAAGAAUCAGAAACAAGGCCAAGAUGCCAUCCCAAUUUGUCACCGGUUUGGAUCAUGAAGCAAGCAAGGUUCCUCAGAGUAUCUGAGGCAGGGAAAACAAAAAAAGGGGACCACUGGCUCUGUCCCCUUCCAGCCGCAUGUCCUGGGCCUUCACCGCCCUGUGGACAGGAUGAGGGCACAUUAAUAUCCCCAUAGAGACGGUCAGCCAGACAGCACUUCUCCACCUCCAGAGGGACCCCAGCAUUCAAGUGACCUUUCGAUCUUGGACAAACAAUGUCUUCCUUAUCUGUAGCAACUCAUAGGUAGCAGCCAACAAGCACUUCCCAGGACCUGUCCCAAAGGAACAUUGUUAAUGUGGCUAUGUGACAGGUUAUGAGACUCCUGUUUGAUCACUGUGAAUCAACCCCCUCCUUCCUUCCUACAUAUCCCCCCAGACUCCGUCUCUGCAUUUUCUAAGUAGGGCACUCAAAAAACUAUCUCCCUUUAGCUCAGAUUAUGAGACUCGGAUGUGUGAUCUCCACACUAGGCUAAGGAGGGUUCAGCAGUAGAAACUGAGUGCUCCCGGGUUUAAUGCUUCUUUGUGCUCAGCGUUUUCCCAUCCAAAGCUCAGAAGGAGUGGUAUAUGGCAUCCCUGGCCCACUUGUGCCAAUUAAGCCAGUCAGUGUGUUCUCAGUGUGGAUCAAUAUUUCCAAAGGUGGAUGGUCCUCAUUUCGAGAAUCUUGUCCAUUCACACAGUUGCGCUUCAGGUCACCAAUGGGGGGAAAAAACUCUAGUAUAUUGGGCCAAAUUAGGACUGAAAAUCACUCUCUUAAAAAGAAGCCACAGUUUCAAAACCUUCAUGGGCUUAGCCAGUAAUAAAACCAUUAAGAAAGCCCUUAAACAGGAGCACGGGCUCAAUCAGUCUCUCAUGAGGCAAUACCUGUCAUAAUUACGUUCAUCGCUGCUCAGAUUAGAAGCUAGUCCAUUUUCUAGCCAAAAUCAAAUUGUCCUAUCUUGGCUCUUCUAAAAUGAAUGUGUGGUAUACCUUGAUGAAAACAAAUCAUAUCCUAAGGCUAAAAAUGAACCUCACAGCCUUUUAAAUUAGUCACUGAGCAUCAUUAGUGACUGGAGUCUCAUGGGUCAGUGUAAAUGGGUCAUGACAAGAGAGGACAGUGGCAAAAGAAUGGCUCAGGAUUGAUAAGGUUGAAAUGAAGCUGCAUCUGUUAUUUAAUUUUGUAAUAUGGUGCUCUAAUACCUCUAAAAUAAGGAUAGGUGUGUACAUAAUGAAGAAAAAAACAGAAAAGACCUGCUUUUGUGGUGUUAUUUUAUAUCUGAACAAGGAAUUCAAACUAAAAUUGAGAUUGGUCCCUAGGAUCCCACCAUUUGGAAGAACCAAAUGUUUUCCAGGGCAUCCUUUCCUGGAAGUGUUUGAGCUGUCAAAUCAGACACCAGGUACCAUGGGGUCACAGGUGCAUGUUUUUCGGUCAGGGCCGUAUGCUUUGGCCUCACGAAUGAGGAGCUGGUUCUGAGCCUGCACCCAAGAAGUGCUCACUUAAUACCAUCUCCUUAGUCUAGUGCAGCGAUUUUUCAACCGGUGUGCUGUAAGAAUUUUUAAAACAUGAAAUACUUGACUAUUUAGUCACGGGCACUGACCUCUUUUCCCUUAGAUUGUCAAAUUAAAAAAUGACAGUAGCUGACCAGUGUGAAUGCCCUCUUGAACCAUACAGUUGCAUCUUAAUGGUCAUGUUGCAUAAUGUUGAAUUUUUUAAUUCUCAGUACCAGAAAUCCUUAUAUACAAGUAUAGGCACCACACCUGAUUCUUAAAGUCACUUUCGAGCAAAAAAAGGUAGGUAAUUACUUUUUGGCGGGGGAAGAGGGGAAGUAAAUCAAUCAAAAUUAUACCUAUUUUUUAUCAGAUGAGCAAGAAAGUAUAUUUUUCAGUGUGCCACAGAAUUUUAGUAGUUUAUAUGCGCCAAGAGAUGAAAAAGGUUGAAAAUCGCUGCUCUAGAGGGGUCCUCUGGCUCCACAUAACCUGGUCUUUAGUAACUGUAAAGUUCUUGCUACCUUCUACCACCUUUCCAAAUCCCUGGAAAUCCCUCUUGCCAACGAAAGCCUUCGAUCUUGGCAUCGGCCUUCCAACCAGGUCAGCUUUGCCCUCUGCCCACCACCCUCCGUCCUCCAGAGACCGCGCUGCCUGCAGUAUCGAGCGCCACCACCACAGGCCUGCCGGCCAUCAACACAGCAAAGUGGCGAGCUGUCUGCCGCUCACGUCCUUUGUCUCCCAGGUCCAGACCAAGUAAGGAUCAGCAACCCACAGCGGUGGCCCAGCCCUUCACCCCAGGAGCCAAAGCUACAUGAAACAAUUGGUUAGAUGCCGGGUUGGGUUCCAUUCUGAGAAUAGAUCAUUUCCAGACAUGUCUUUUCAGGUGACCCUCAACUACCUCAGGUUUGAAGGCCCUAAAUUAAGCUGAUUAUUCAUAGGGACAAACCGAGGGGGUUCAGGUAAAUGUUGGUGAUAACACAAUUGUCUCUAACUUUUAACUCUUUCACACUUAGGUUUGCAGGGAUGGGUUUGGGUUUGUUUUUUCUGUUUUUAACCUUUUCCCCACUUUUCCAUUAGAAUAGUUCUUAUGAAUGAAUUUCAUUUUUCACUGAGUGCCUACCUUCCCAGGGCAGGUAGCCACUGGCUUUUAUUCCCUUCCAACAAUACUUUUAUUAUGGUAUUAAGACCUUUCUUUGUACAAAACAUUGCAUCUGUGUUUUCAACUUUUCAAAUAA